CUUGGCGCUGCAAUCGUUUCUUCUACUGAACUUUGAAAUCGCGCUCACCGAGCGAAAUCGGGCCGCCGCACGAAUUCGGCAUUUUUUCGGCCAUGACCUCAGCAGCCAUGCAGCCGCACAGCCGCAAGAAAGUCUGCUAUUAUUACGACAGUGACAUAGGAAACUAUUACUAUGGGCAGGGCCAUCCGAUGAAACCACACCGCAUACGCAUGACGCACAACUUGCUGCUCAACUACGGCCUGUACCGAAAGAUGGAAAUCUACCGUCCGCACAAAGCGACCGCCGAGGAAAUGACCAAAUUCCACAGCGACGACUACAUCCGAUUCCUGAGGAGCAUUCGGCCCGACAACAUGACCGAGUACAACAAGCAGAUGCAAAGAUUUAACGUUGGUGAAGAUUGCCCGGUGUUUGACGGGCUCUACGAGUUUUGCCAGUUGUCUGCAGGCGGUUCCGUGGCUGCCGCGGUCAAGCUCAACAAACAGUCGUCGGACAUUUGCAUCAACUGGGGUGGAGGGCUGCACCACGCCAAGAAGUCCGAGGCCUCUGGUUUUUGCUACGUCAACGAUAUUGUCCUCGGCAUCCUCGAACUGCUCAAAUACCACCAGCGUGUUUUGUACAUUGACAUUGAUGUGCAUCACGGAGACGGUGUUGAAGAGGCUUUUUACACGACCGACAGAGUCAUGACGGCCUCUUUCCAUAAGUAUGGAGAGUACUUCCCUGGAACUGGCGAUCUCAGAGACAUUGGUGCAGGCAAAGGCAAGUACUACGCAGUAAACAUUCCACUCCGAGAUGGCAUCGAUGACGAGAGCUACGAAAGCAUUUUCGUUCCCAUCAUGUCAAAGGUCAUGGAGACCUUCCAGCCUGGAGCAGUCGUUCUGCAGUGCGGAGCAGAUUCCCUCACUGGUGACAGACUGGGUUGUUUCAACCUGACUGUCAAAGGACACGGGAAGUGCGUUGACUUCAUGAAAAAGUACAACCUGCCCCUUUUGAUUGUCGGGGGCGGCGGCUACACCAUCAGGAACGUGUCUCGCUGCUGGACUUAUGAGACGUCGGUGGCCCUGGGCGUAGAAAUCGCCAACGAACUACCUUACAACGACUACUUUGAGUAUUUCGGCCCCGACUUUAAGUUGCAUAUCAGCCCUUCAAACAUGGCCAAUCAAAACACGCCCGAGUACCUGGAAAAAAUAAAGACACGCCUAUUUGAGAACCUUCGCAUGCUUCCGCACGCACCUGGAGUUCAAAUGCAGGCCAUCCCUGAAGAUGCGUCCAAGGUGGACUCCGAGGAGGACGACAAGGCCAACCCCGAUGAACGUUUGCCCCAGAGCAUCACAGACAAGAGAAUUGCUCCGGACAAUGAAUACUCGGACAGUGAAGACGAAGGUGACAGAAAAGACCAGAAAUCCUUCAAGGGACGUAAACGACCCCGUCUGGACAAAUCGAACAAGAACGACACUGAGGAGAAAAAGACAAAUGACGAGGACGAGAAAAAACCGAAAGUUGCUGAAGAAAAGGAAUCGAAGAAGGAGGGCGAGAAAUCGUCUGCAGCUUAAAUUAAUAUCCGUCUAGAUCUCAAAACGUGUAAACUUGCUGGCAUGGGUGUCAAAAUUAUUUUGUGAAUAGUGUUCAAAAUUUACCGUCAUUAGCAUUUUUGAAUAAUUUUUUUAAUUCAUCAUUGCUGCGGUGGUCUCAUUAUUUUGUUACAUACCUUUUUGAUCACGUAGUUGUUUUUAAAAAUAAUUAGGAUUAAUUAUUUAUUCCAAUAAAAUUUUUGAAUACCAACUUAAAA